AUGGAGAAGGAGGCUGAGAGUUAUCAGACGAGGAUCCGCCCCUUCGCCAAGCCCCGCCCCCAGGCCGACAGGCCUGGCCCCGCCCUCCUGUUCUCGGAGCGGGGCAUUUCCUGGCCACGCCCCUUCCGGCCUGUUUUCGUCCCGCCCCCUGCUCUUCCUAGCGGCUCGCUGAUCUCUCGGCGCACGCUGGAGUCCUUCUCGGUUUCCGCCGGGCUCGGAGCCGAGGCCCCAGCUGCGGCGAGGCGGCCAGGCGCCGACUCCGUCUUGGCGACCCCGGACGCGGCGCCCCGUCUGGCUGAGGGCCCGGGGCCGGCGCCCUGGGCGUCCCUGGAGGGCCCCGACCGCCUCCUGCUGCAGGCGCUGCAGGCUGGGCCCGACGGGGCAAGGCGCGGCCUCGCGGUGCUGCGGAUGCUGGGCCGCCGCGGUCCGGAUCCCUUCUGCUGGGGCCGCUUUCUCGAGACGCUGUGCCGGGAGGAGCCGGUGGUGCAGGGGCCGAACGGCCGCCUAGAGCUGAAACCACUGUUGCUGCGAUUACCCGGGUUAUGUCAGAGGAACCUGAUGUCUCUGCUGAUGGCUGUUCGUCCAUUGCUACCUGAAAGCAGGCUCCUCUCUGUGCUGCAGAUUACCCAGCAGGAUGCAGUCUCUGCCUCGGAUGCCUGGCUCCAUGCCCUGGGAGAAAUGCUGCGAAGGGAUCUGGAGGUUGGAGGCUCCAGAGCCUCUCCACUAUCCAAAAGGUGCCAGAGCCAGCUCCGAGGCCUGUGUAAGCAGUUGGGCCAAGGGGGCAGGAGGCUGAAGUUGCCCCAGGUUCCAGACCCUGAAGAGGUUAAAGAUGAGGAGAACGAGGACAGGGAUUCCCAACAGCGUGGGAAACGCAGAAAAGAGCCAGAGGAAGAGCUCGCUAGUUCUGAUGGGGAGAAGGCCCCCAAAAGGUUCCGGGGCUGGGAAAGGGAAGAAGAAGAUCACAAGGAGGAGAGACUGGAGCCUGAGUCAUUGGAAUCCCUGUCACAUGGAGUGGGCUCAUCACCCAUUAAGAAGCAGCCUGUGGUGGGAGUUGAGGCCAGUGAGGCUGGCCAGAGUCUGGAGGAGGCCAAGAUCCCAGCUGAGAGAGUGGUAUUGCCCAAAGCUCUCCAGGACCAGUUGCCCAGGCUGCAGCAGUUGCUGAGGACCUUUGGGGAGGGACUGCAGGGGUUGGAGGAUACCCCCCCAGUUGAGCUGCAGCUUCUCCAUGAAUGUAGCCUCAGCCAGAUGGAGCUGCUGUGCGCCCAGCUGCAGCUCCCUCAGCUCUCAGAUGCUGGUCUCCUGCAGCUCUGCACCUGGCUGCUGUCCCUCUCACCAAGCCUUAGCAUCAGCAAUGCCACUGUGCUGGCCAGGAGCCUCUUCCUCAGACGGAUUCUCUCCCUGACUUCCUCAGCUUCCCAGCUGCUGAGAGCUGCCCUGACCUCAUUCUGUGCCAAGUACACCUUCCCUGUCUGCAGAGCCCUCCUCACCCCAGUGCUCCAGGCCCCAGGCACAGGUCCAGCUCAGACAGAGUUACUGUGUUGCCUUAUGAAGGAUGAGUCUCUGGAGCCAGAUACACAGCAACUGAUACUGGGGCACAUCCUGGAGCUGUCCUGGAAGGAGGAGACUUUCUUGGUGUUGCAGGCACUCCUUGAGCAGCAGGUGGAGAUGACCUCUGAGAAGUUCAAUGUCCUGAUGGAGAAGCUAUGUGAGGAGGGGCUGGCAGCCACCACCUCUGUAGCCUAUGCCAAGCUCAUACUGACUGUGAUAACCAAGUACCAGCCCAGCAUCACAGAGACCCAGAGACUGGGCCUGGCUGUGGCCCUAGAGCCCAACACCACCUUCCUGAGGAAGUCCCUGCAGGCUGCCCUGAGACAUCUGGCUCGCUGACCAUCUACCAAGGGACCAGCCUCUUGGAGUUCUGUCAUCAGCAUCCUGAAGGACACUUUUGCCCUCAUCACCUUGCCCCAGACCCUUGCCUUAGAAUGAAGGCUGAGCCUGGUCAUCUGAGGAGAGCAGCAGCCCUCUGUUACAGGCUGUACAGAGGCCAUCUUGGCCUUCUGCAGAAGGGGCCUCCUGGGCUAUAUUUGCUAUAUUAGCUACAUUUUUCAAGGGCUGCUGGUCUGGGGCUUACCCCUCCCUGAUCACUUCUCGGGGGAAGGGGACAGAAACUUCCUGAUAGGCCUCAGAAGGGUCAGUGGUAGACAUAUGGUGCUCCAGGAGAUCUGGGGUACCUGUGUACUCAGCAUGAACCUCUUAUGGUCAAGUGUAUGAUAUAACCUGUAUUUUUGUUUCAGACCUUAAUAAUUUCUCAAUAGUGUUUAAUAUAAAGCAGGAAUUUUGGUACAGGGCUCAUGUCUAUAAUCUCAGCACUCAGAAUCUGAGGAGGGGAGGAUUCAAGAGUUCAAGACUAAUCUGGGCAACAUAGUAAAAUCUUGUAUCAAAAAAAAAGGAAAUUCAAUGCUGUCUUAUUUGUGCCUGAUUUCCCACUAACUUUGAGUACUUGUUGACCCCUCCCCACCUUUCCACCCUUGCAGUGACAAGGGGUGUCUUUUUUUCCUGGUGAGGAGAAGGUUGUAAAGUGCUGUUCUGAAAUUCACUCAUUCCCAUUCUGUGGUCAGAUCAUGUGUGAUCCCACUACUGCAGCACUGUCAGAACUGCCUGUUGCUGGUGGAAUGGCUCAAGUGGUAG